GCGCUGCAGUCGCUGAGCAGCACUGCCAACCAGGUUUUCCCCCAGAUUCGUAAAUCCAAUUGUCAUUUCUUGUUAAAUGGCAGAUAUAAUGGCCGCUAGCAGUGGCGGUGUCGAUUGGUCAGCCGUUAUAAAACCGUUGUUGUCCCAAGAAUCGGAGAUCUGCGAUCGGAAGGAACUCCUAAAGCUAUGCUCGACGAUAAUUAAAUGCGAGUCGGAGAUUUUGCGACACACGCAGGAUACGAGCCAGAACUUCUUCCACUCCUUCACCACCCUUGCAGCAGAUUUCAUAUGCAACAAUGCAAUCAAAUUAUCCGCUGGUCAGUUGGAGGUGGUGAUUGGAGCCUGCCGUGUCCUGCUCAAAUUUCAAAUUAGCUCUUUAAGUGUCCCAGUAGCUAGUGAGACUGGACACACUGAGAACCACUCCCGCAUUGAGAAGUGCAUCAAAUCCAUUCAGGCUCUGUGCUUUGGCACAAAGAGCUUAAGUCCCAUAGAGGUUACCUCUCUCAUCAACAUAAUGAAAGGUGAAACCCCACCCAUGAACAUCCCAACUCCAACAGAUAAAGAUGCAGGCACCACCCAGGAUAGAGAAUCAUCCAAAAGCCGAUUUGAUCUGUCAGUUAGUAUACUUGAGCAACUUACUCUGCCAUUAUAUGAUGGCCGGCCUGUUGCUACAGAAACAAUUGCACAACCAGAUGUUGGAACUAGUGAUCCUGCUGGAGAGAUUAAUAGGUUAUUCUUGAAAGCAAAUGUUGAGAGUUUGCAAGGCAUUAAAGGAGGGGAAAUCCUUGUUGAUUUGUGCCUGAGUUUACCUUCCAUCAAGAAAGCUCAUGCUAAAAUUGAGGAAGCUUUAGCUGGUAAAGCUUUUAGUCUUCCUGUGAAUUAUGUUGAAGCAACAGCAGUUAGAAACAGUUUACCUUCAGUGGUGGCUGAUGUUACUUUGGCAUCGUCGGCGAUCAACCUACCGAUUUUGGAACCGCUCAGUCUUACUAAAUUGGAUAAACUAUGCAACUUAAGUAUGGCUGUUCUAUACUGCGCUGUGUCUCAAGCUGCUGCCGGUUCUGUUCUUGCUAUGGGUUCGGCCAUCUCGCCGAAAUGUAGCGCUGUCCAAUCGCAGUCCAAUCACAAAGAAGAGGAUUUGGAUGCAAAUGCUGUGACUGUUGUCGAAGAGGCUUUAAACAUGUUCUCGCAUAUCGGAACGACUAUUAAGAACUCUACUCGUGCGGGCGGGCAAAUAUUUCAGAAUUACUUAAUGGCCGGAUCCUGGGUACUCAUUUCCGGACUGCAAAUGCACGUAUCCUCUUGCACGGCUCCAGAUAAAUCGCCGCAUUUGAGAGACGAAAAGGGAAGGAGUCCCAGUAAAUCUAGGGAGUCGACAGGAUCAGCACGGUCGAGUCUCUUGAAAUUCCAACAGUCCUUUGGGGUAUUAUCCGUCGCGUUAGCAGAACGAGCCCUUACCAUCCUAUCGGAACUUUUUGAAGAUCUCCAUUUAGAAGUGAGCGGUGGCGCAGCCUCAACCUUACAAAGUGAUCCAGCUCCUAUAUCAAUAGCUGGACAAUUUACAGCCUUGCAAAGAGUUGCGCGAGUUCUCAACGCAGCUCCUAUAAACCAACUAUUUUUUUAUUUGGCAAUUGUCAGUUAUCGCAAGGCAUGUACACUGAAACGUAUACAUCCUCCGGAAGGCGACACAUUUAGUCAAAGCGAUUCGACUACGUACUACGAAGAUAUGAUCAUUUGCUCCGAUGUGUCGACUGAUGAAGAUGAUGACAGUGAGCCAAUUUUAGGUCAAUGGUUUGAAGAAACUUUGGCGCCUCCCGAGACAAACGAAUCUAAAAAUAGCAACACCGAGGAAGACGAGGCGAAGCAGGAUCAAGCAGACAGAGGAAAUUCUGUGGUUCCGGAAAAAGGAGAGGCCAACGGAUUUAUUACAUUGGCAACCAACAUUUUUGUCUUCUUCAAUCGGCAUUUACUUUCCUCAAAAUGUCCUUACAUAGCAAGAUAUUUGAAAACAGGAUUCACCGAACAACAGAUAAUUAUCUUGGCAGCUAUCAUUAGAGACUUAGACAAAGAAACGUCGAGGACGGAUGUUGGUACGAUUUCCGUAUAUUUUGGUCAAACUCUAGGACAAUUAUAUAGCGAAUUUUCCGGAGCCCUUACAAGAUUUACUCACAACUUAGUAACACAUCCUAGUCUACAACCACUCCAGGCGAAUUUACUUGGACAUUUAGGAGUAUCUCCAUGGAAUACGGAUGUACCACAUGCAUGGCCACUACAAGUUUACCCAAGAACUUUAGCGGUGUUGGCUCAAGUGUUGCUUCUAAGACCUCAGAAUGAAAAAGAAGCUUCAGUAAUUAGUAUAUGGCAUAGAUUAGUCAAUACAUUGAUUGAGAACGUCCUAAGCCUAACAAUAGCAAUUGCCGAUGGCGAUGUUGAAGAUUUGAACGUCGAACAUGCACAAGUCCUUGUGUAUUUAUUCCACUCAUUAAAUUUGAUGCAGAAGAAAUCGGUGGUUCUGUUGAUGGCUGGAGGUGUAUUAAGGUGUUCCGAGAUCGCCCGAGGACCACUUAGAGAAUCUCAAUUACUUCACUUAUCAAGGCUCCUACUUUUGUUCGACUACAUUAUGAAACAUCUAUAUGAUACUCCUCAAGUAUUACUGGAGCAAAUCCAGUUCAAUCUGUUCCAUUCGACUCAUUUAAAUGUGGACAAAGACAAAGAAAACAACAUGUCAAGGAUGUAUACCCCAUGGAAGGAUAUAGAAGCACACUAUUUGAAGAACAGCGGCGAAGAGUUUUCUAUGAAACCAUGUUUUUACAUGCUGUCUAACAUGGAAACUAAUAAUCAAGACGCUCCGAAGCUCGAUGGAUUGGCAUGCAAUUUUGUGUUGGGCACACCUGAUAAGUUCCGCUAUCAUUUAUUAUUGGAUGCUUUAACUGAAAUCCUGAAUGUCACUCAUAUCUCAAAAGAACUGAGCGCCGACAAGAUGAGCUCUUUGUGGCUUUGUGCGACACAAUACUGCUUCAGUAUCUGCUGGAAGCUCUUGCUUUUAUUACCGCCUUCAACGCUAUAUUUAGAACGGCUUUCAUUGGGCGAGAGUCUAACUGCAGGUCCUUUGUUACUUCAUUCGUUAAUAUUGGGACCUCGUUGCGGUAAUAAAAACUUUGCUAGGUGGUUGAAAGACUGCCUGAUUAAACAGGGUAUCUACACUCAGCAUACUGAGAAACUACUGAAAUCUGUUUCUGAUGCUGUGAACUGUCUAAAAUACGACGUGACAAACGCAAAGAAUUGCAUUAUUGCUUUAACUCCAGAUAUUAAGAAAGGCUUAAUGAGCAAGGAGAGUUUACCACCGCUGUGGCAUUUGUACACGUUACAUUCUGUAAUUGCCAAAGUGCAAGUUUCUUUGCUCGACGAAGCCGAAACUAAUCAAGCAGAUGCCAAUGGUACGACUACUUCUACUGAAGUUUAUGUCCAAGAUCUAAUGCCGCAUAUUUUGCGUUUAACCCAAACUAUACUACACUGUACAAGAUGGUCUUUGUUGUACACUAUGGCGGAACAAUCUGAUCAAAACUCUAAGUGUUCAGUGGCUGACAUGGAGUGUAUUCAUGAAGUGUUAGCAAUUUCUUCAUCCAAGAAUGGUUUAAUCAAUGGUUUAGCUAGUGAACAAUCCCCUCUACUUCCUCAGAACGUCACCACGGUGUUACAGCAAUGGAAUAAUGGAAUCGUCGAAGAAAUUUCCUGGAUCCCUUAUUUGACCGAUAUAAUUGUUUCGGAAUCGUUCAUCUUGAAAAUUAUCGAUUCACAUGUAUCAACUCUGUCGUCAAGUUUCCCAUACUCUAUAAAUUUGUCGUUGAAACACCUGUUGCAGUGUUUGAUGAAAUUCAUUUGUCAAUAUGCACCCAAAAUAGACAACACUGACACAAAGAACAAGGCCAUUGAGUUAUUGGUGGCAAUCACUUUGGAUACACGCACCGAGUUCUUGUAUGAGAAUGUAUCGAAAACCUUAGACAAAAUGAUCGGAGACUCUGAAACCGACGAGCACCAAAAGCGAGUGUAUACACAUAUCUUGGAAAAUACUUACAAACUUAUCACCAACUACACGAACAAUACAAAUAUCAAUAUCAACGAAAAGAUAUUGCACAAUUUUUUGAAAUUUUAUGAGAAAAUUAUCGAGAAAUCGUCAGGUCGGCAAGCUCAUGAAUAUUUCUUUACCGGAGAAAAUGAUUUGGUCAAAGUGCUCAUGUCUGUUUCUAACCAGCAAAUGUCGCAUCAGUACAGCACUCGCGUGUUGCACUUCUUUAAUAAGCUAUUCCAAGCAGCCGAGAAAAGUCCAUCUGACCCAAGCUUGAAUUACUUGUGCAGAAGUAUGAGUAAACUAGCUCAAGUAGAUAGCGAUAAGUUGCAGACUUGGUUAAGGCAUGUCAUUAUAGGACCAUCUAACAUGAUAAAUAUGAUAAGCAGCGACAGUUCAACACCUACUGCUACCAAAUGCGAGAGCUCUAUACAGGCCGAAUGGGCGGAUACGACCACCAAUGUUACGCCAAGCGCCAGUGAUGAUAUCAAAAGCUUGGUACAAGAGAACAGCCAACUGCUACAAGCUUUAACAAACUUCAUUGUCAAACAAAGUAGUAACGUGAGCGAAGAUGUAGCUACAGUGAUUUUGAAGGCAUUGUUACCACUUGGCACGCACAUACUGGCAUCUUCCUUGGAAGGCACUGGUUUUACCGAUCUCAUGGUUGUGAUGACGAUGCUCGCCGAUGCAGGAAAGGGUCGUGGUCAUGUAUACUUGUUUCCAGAGACCGCGAAAUGGCUGGAGAACUGCAAUAAAUAUUUGGGUUUGAAAGAUGUUGUGGAUAAGUUGAGCAACGAUCCGAAGGCAGAGAAAAAUUGCGUCAUUUUGGAGGCCGCUUGCUGCAUGUUGGAUUAUAUGAGUGAUGUGAUAAACGGAAUCUUGUCUCAAGCGCAUGUUCCUCUUCAAAGACCUUUGAGUCCGCCAUGGGAAAAUGAAACUCCGUUAGAACAAGACGUUGAGUUUUUGGAAGAACCUAACGAUGAAGAUGACAGUGGAGAUGAAUCUGAUGAGGAUUCGCUUUGCAACAAACUGUGUACGUUUACAGUAACGCAAAAGGAGUUUAUGAACCAACACUGGUACCAUUGUCACACGUGUCGUAUGUUGGAUGGUGUCGGUGUCUGUUCUAUUUGCGCGAGAGUUUGCCAUAAAGGUCAUGAUAUUACGUAUUCCAAAUACGGUAACUUUUUCUGCGAUUGUGGUGCUAAGGAAGACGGAUCAUGUCAGGCUUUAGUGAAGCGUAGUCCACAAUCUCUCGACACCAAUAUCAGUUCGUCAGCAACUAGCACCAGUUUGGGAUUCAUUGGAUCAGAUGAUAUUUUGCCUAGCGCAUUGAGGCGAAGAGAGUCACCAGUAUACAAAAGAUCUGAUAUUAUGAUCAGAAGGGAGCGUAAGAAGCAUAGUAGCGUCAAGCAAUUAGAAGGUUGCAAGGAAUGGAUAUUUAAUUAUUUAGGCGACAGUACCGUGCCAUCCACUUUGAUAGAAUUGUUGAAAGCAGUUUUACCAGCUGUAGAUGCAUCUUGUGGGAGAAAUUCGCCCGUCGGCUGUUACUCGAGAGCUAUGAAAGCUUUGCAAUUACUCCAUUCUGCUGAUAAGAAGUACUUGGGCACAGAUCAGUUGAUGCUUCCAACUUUGGGAUCACAGGAAGGCGCGUUUGAAAACGUUCGUAUGAGUUAUGCAGGAGAGCAAGGUCAGACCAUCAGACAAAUGCUUUCUGCUCAUGUAAUACGUAGAGUCACAAUGUGUUGUAUGUCAUCACCACUGGGGAAAAGGCAACAUUUAGCAGUUGCACAUGAAAAGGGAAAAAUUACCGUCUUGCAGUUAUCGGCACUUCUGAAGCAGGCAGAUUCCAGUACAAGAAAAUUAACACUGACAAGAUUAGCCUCAGCUCCGAUUCCAUUCACAGUUCUUUCAUUGUCCAGUAAUUUGUGCAAUGAGGAUUAUUUAGCAGUUUGUGGUCUGAAAGAUUGUCAUGUCUUGACAUUUGCAUCUUCAGGAUCUGUAACUGAUCAUCUGGUGUUGCAUCCACAGUUAGAAUCGGGAAAUUUUAUUAUUAAAGCUCUUUGGUUGCCGGGUUCACAAACCAAAAUGGCAUUGGUCACGGCUGACUUUGUCAAAAUCUAUGAUUUAGCCAAAGACGCUUUAAGUCCGCAGUAUUAUUUCCUGGUGCCUAGUGGAAAGAUUCGAGAUUGUACUUUUAUGUAUGAGAAUGGAUCGUACAACAUUUUAUUGAUGUCAUCUCCUGGACACAUCUACACGGAAACUUUGAACGAAGAAAGCUCAGCAAAACACGGUUCAUUCUAUGUUACAAAUACAUUAGAAGUGUUUCACUUAGAUGUUAUAGAUGUUAAUGGCCAAGUGGCUGGAGGAGGUGUCAGUAUAUAUUACUCGCAUACAUUGGGAUUACUGUUCUAUUCGUAUGCUCAAGGAAAGAGCUUCAUUUCACCGGUCACUCCACACACUAAUUGCUUGACCGUCGUCUACUCGAUCGUGUUGCCACCAGCAUCAAAAGGCAAUGGAGGCAAAACACCAGCACCACAGCCAUUGUGCCAAUGGACAGAAAUUCCUAACCACCCAGGACUUAUAUGUUGCGCAAUGCAGUCCAGCAAUAAUCCAAUCGUGCUCAUGUUAAAACCAGAGUGUUUGGCUAUACAAGAGAUUAAAGUAGUCCCACCCAAAUCUAAAAUUAUGGAUAUGGUCGCCAUUAGACAUAAUCAUUCUCUUAAUGAACAACGUACGACUUUAAUUUUGCUGUGCGAAGAUGGAAGCUUGAAAAUGUAUAUGGCUAAUAUGGACCAUACAGGUUACUGGAUGUCACCUAAUAUUCAACCAUCGCUGCCGGUUUCUGCAGUAGUUAGACCAAAGAAAAAGAAAUUGGUAAAAACCAAUGGCAAAACGCCUAGUGCUGUGUCGUUCCCAGUGGACUUUUUUGAACAUUGCACCGUCAUGAAUGACGUGGAUAUCGGCGGAAACGAUUUGCUUCAAAUUUACAAUGUCGGACAAUUAAAACAUCGCCUAAGUACAAAUGGAUUAUACGUUGUUUGCACCAAAGCCGUAGGAUUUACAGUCGAAAUUACGAAUACCGAUAAUAACAUGGUCAUGACUGGAAUCAGAGUUUUAAUUGGAACGCAAGACCCACAGAAAGCUCCGACAUUUGUCGAUAUAUUUGGACGCAUUAUCACGACCACAGCAAAGCGUAGCCGUUGGUUUGAUAUACCAUUUUCUCGCGAGGAAAGUCUUCAAGCCGAUAAGAAAAUGUCUAUUGGUUUUGGUCCAUCUCAAGAUCCAGAAACUGUAACUUUAUUGGAAAACCUAAAAGUGUAUGGAAAAACAAAGGAAUCUUUCGGCUGGCCUGAAGAAACGGAAGAUGUUACUGCUUUGCCCUCAAUCACCUCUGGAAAUGGAAAUGGAAAUGGCGAAGGAGAUAACCCUAGUUCGUCCACUUCGCCGCCAUUAACAAAACUUGACAAGUUCGUUUCGGGAAUGUUAGAUGUAUUGGAUGGGAGCUUUUGUUUGUAUGCAAAUGAUGAUAAAAUGAAACCCCACGCGCCUUCUUCGAUGGUUGUUGCUACUAAAUUACUUACUCUCCCAACACCACCUACAUUGCAAAUACAUUCCACCUCUCUAUUGUCAGCGUUGCAUCCUUCCAGUGCAGCAUAUCAUAGCUACAAGGAUCAAGCUCUUCUAAACCACGUUUUAGCGAGUCUAACAGCGAUGACGGAAAUUGACUUGAUGAAAAAUAAGCACGAUUUAGAUGCCGAAAGUUACUAUAGGUUAGUACUAAUCGUACGAGGGAUAGCCGUUUCCCGGCCUCAGAACUUGGUCAAGUUUGCCGAUUCUCAUACGUCGAUUCAAGAUGUAGUGUUGGAUGAUCCUCUAGAUGUAAAGACACCGACACCAAAAUCCGGAAAGAACCAGCAUUUACUUCUACAAUUAAUGGAUGUUCUGUGGCUGUUGCAUAGUUUAAAUCCAGAAAAUACUGCUCUAGCUCCUGUUGUUGUGCCUGGAUUGAAGCACACCGACCAAGUUAUUUUUGCUUUGGUUGAAAUCGUGCAUGCCUUCAACAGUUGUGACACUUACAGCAAUAUCACUCUAGCAGUGUACUUGCAACUGUUAUUAUCAGAGGAUACACUGAUUUCUUUUAGCGCAAAGCACGCUCUUAGCCAAGUAAUGAAACCUAAAAUAAAGAAACGCAGAGUGUGUAUAACCAAUCCACCCAUUUGCGCAACUCCGUCUUCGAUGUUUGCGAUACCUAAUCGUAAAUCUUCAGACAGUAAGUCCAAUACACGCAAAGAAGAGACUGAUAGUAGCAGCGCUGUUGGUUCCGAAGCAGCAGUCAGUGUACCAGCUCCGCCUUUAAGACAAGACCCUCAACCGAAUCAAGCAGGUGCUAAUAAUGUGAAUCCUUUAGAAGCUUUCCUAGGUGAUUUAUUCUCAGAUAUUCCUAUGGAGCCCGACGAAACCGAGACGAUGGUUGAGUUCGCUAUUGCACUAAGUUUACAAGAACAUGUAUUCACCGGCGAGCAAGUCCAACAGGCUUUGCAAGGAUUACCAGCUCUUGCUGCAGGCAAUUUCAGCGACACGACCGCUUCGGCUGGUGGUUCUGAUGAUGAAGGCAGUACAGCAGCUACAGAUGGUUCCACGUUAAGGACAUCUCCAGCCGAACAAGCUGGCAGCGGCGGAUCGGAAAGCGGAGGUAGUGGACUUGAAAGUAUAACUGGUGAACACAAUGUAUCGGGAAGAAGUUCAGCAUAUGGUGACAGUGCACAAGAAUCUUCCACUACAUCUGGUAUCAAGAAUGAACCGAUUCCGAGCACUUCAGCUAAUUACCAUGCAAAUCCUCUUGAAUCGGAAAAUACUCAAGAAUUGGAUUCUGACGAUAUGUAUGAGAACAGCGGCAGGCUGCACAUUUUACGUCUUCAAUUAUUAGAAAGAUUGAUAGAGUACAUGCCUAAGAUAAGAAAUAUAACAGGCGUGCGAUCGGUACCAUUCUUUCAAGUUAUCUCUCAACUAACAGUCGAUUUAGAUGGAAACUUGGAAAGGGACAGAACGGCGUUAGAUGCAUUAUUGAAUGCUAUCAUAGUCGAAAUGCAAACCACCAAACCCAAUUUUGAUAACAUAUGUCAACGGACUAACUCACGCGAAGUUCAAUUAGUGAUUUUAAGACUACUCACCGUUCUGAUGACUCGAUGGAAAUCCACGACUGGCUUAAAACCAGUAAUAUAUGAUAACAGUUCAUAUGUAGUUUCAAGGACUGCAACGGUAUUAUACAAAGCAGAUUUCAUUCCCUUCUGUUUACGACAACUGCAGUCUUUACUCGAUUAUUGGAAGCAAAGCUCUCACGAUGAUCAUACGCCAGGACAAGUAAGUGGUAAUCUGUUGAAAGAACACCUACAUGAGGCGCCACCAGAUAUGUCCCCAAUCUUCUUAAAGCAAUUUGUUAAAGGACAUGCCUCUGAUGUUUUCAGAAUAUAUCCGCAACUUUUGACGGAGAUGUCAUUGCGUUUACCUUACCAAAUACAGAAGCAUUCUGAAAUCGAAAUACCUAUUGGGGUAGCGUACGAAACUGCAUGGUUUAAGUACUUAUGCGAGUAUAUGAUGUAUUCGCAUGUUCCGUUUAUAAGAAGACUGGUUCGCAAACUCUUGCUUUUCAUUUGCGGAAGUAAAGACAAGUAUCGACAACUUCGAGAUAUUCAUGCCUUAAACGCUCACAUGAAGGCUGUUAGGCACUGUUGCUUAAAAGGAGGAUUCAAUCCAUCACUUCAAUAUCAACAUGCAAUGUCGUUAUCAUAUGAUACACUAGUAGAUAUGGUGGAACAUCUGAAGUGUUGCUUGGAAAUUGCAGUAUGCCGUGUUGGAAAUUGGCAAAAAUUCUGUAUUGGUCAUACUGAUAUAAUUAGCUUCUUGUUACAAGUCAGCUGUAUCCUGGAUGAAGGUGUGGCGCCAACAAUUCUGCAACUCCUCAAUUGCGCUAUUGUCUUGCAGACAGGAAACAAGAAAACAGAACUUGCAAAAGCCGCUGCUCGGAAGGAUCGCGAAAAGUCAGAUGAUUCGAUAGCAGAGGCAUUAUUUGAACAAUCCUGCUGUGUCUCUUUAGUAGAGCAAAUCAAUCAAAACGUAUCGAAAGAAACACUAGCUAGAUUUAUACGUACAUUCAUUUUGGAGACGAAUCACACAACACUCCGCUGGCAAGCUCAUAGCUUAAUACUAUCUCUAUAUAAAAACUCCAAAUUGCCUCAAAAGGAGAGUCUUUUGGAAUUGCUAUGGAAGUUAUGGCCGUUGCUGCCUACAUACGGUCGAAAAGCUGCUCAAUUUGUUGACCUGCUAGGCUUCUUCUCGCUGAAGAUUAGUCAAAAUCCAGAUUCAACAGUGCAAAUAUCUUCAUUCGUCGAUAAAGCCGUAGACGUUCUGCGCGUUCAAAACGAACUUCUAUCUCACCAUCCAAAUGCCAACCUGUAUGCUCAUAUGGCGCAAUACGUGGAACUAGAAGGUUACUACCUAGAAUCAGAUCCGUGCUUUGUCUGCAAUAACCCGGAAGUACCAUUAUCCACAAUAAAAUUGAGUUCUAUCAAGGUAGAUUCAAAAUUCACGACCACCACACAGAUAAUUAAGCUGCUUAGUAGUCAUACAAUAAGUCGAAUCACGAUAAGAAUCGGUGAUCUGAAACGCACAAAAAUGGUUCGAGUCGUUAACAUUUAUUAUAAUAACAGGAACGUGCAAGCAGUGGUAGAACUUAAAAAUAAACCAGCUCUUUGGCAUAAAGCUAAGAAAGUUAACGUGCAGUCAGGACAAACUGAAAUUAAAAUUGAAUUCCCGUUACCAAUUGUGGCUUGUAAUUUGAUGAUUGAAUACGCUGAUUUCUUUGAAAACAUUCAAGCGUCUAGUGAAACCCUGCAGUGUCCACGUUGCAGUGCUGCAGUACCAGCUCAUCCAGGUAUAUGUUCCAACUGCGGCGAGAACGUAUACCAAUGUCACAAAUGCAGAGCUAUCAAUUAUGAUGAGAAAGACCCCUUCUUGUGUCAUGCGUGUGGUUUCUGCAAAUAUGCGAAAUUCGAUUUCACUCUCCAAGCAAAGCCAUGCUGCGCCGUUGAGCCGAUUGAAACGGAUGACGAUAGAAAGAAGAUGGUCUCAAGUAUCAACACGCUUUUGGAGAAAGCUGAUAGAGUUUAUGAACAGUUAAUGGGAAAUAAACCAUCGUUAGAACAACUUGUAUUGAAAGUCAGCGAACAAAGAACCGAUCGUAAACAUGAUGAACCUCAAGCAACGCCCGCUGCAACAACUGCUGCAGCUGUUGUUGGCAGUUCCAUUCCAACCGCAGCUCAAGUUAAAGUCAACAAGACAAUACAGAUGAUUGCCCAGCAAUACUGCAAUGAAUCUAAAACAUCAUUUGAAGAACUAAGUAAGAUUAUUCAAAAAGUAUUGGUUUCCCGUAAAGAAUUGGUGGCCUAUGAUCGGAGGCAUCAGGACUCGGAAGAUUGCAAGUCCAUGAGCUCUUCACAGAUAUCCGAUUUGCAACAAACGUCAACUUGUUCUGUAACUAGAUGUUAUGGUUGCUCGACAGCAGCGACUGAACAUUGUUUAACUUUGUUGCGAGCUCUUGCAAUUAAUAUUACACUUAGACAGGUUCUCUGUUCGAAGGGUUUAAUCCAAGAAUUAUUAACAAACAAUUUACGAAAGGGGAGCGUGCAGAUUCAAGAGGAAGUACGUCAACUUUUGUGUAUAUUAAGCAAGGAUAAUUCAUCAGCUACUGAAGAACUGUGCUCACUAAUUACAGAGCGAGUGUAUUUGGGCUUAAGUGGACAAACAGGAGAUUUAGGUAUUAGGCAUGAGAUUGCUCUUUUGGCUUCACUUCAGCAAAUCCAAGAUAAUUGCUGGGAAACACGCCUUAGAUGUCUAGUGCAUAUAUUCCUGAAAGCUUGUAAAGAUGCAAAGAGUCCUUUGGUCAUUGAAGCUAUAAUUUUACCAUGUCUGCAAAUUUGGCAUAACAUUUGUAAACCAAAAGGCUCGGAUAGCGGAAGCAAAUCUAAAACUCCUGAUAAGAGUAAAAAUGGUGCCAUUUAUGGAAUGAAUGAUUAUGAAUCUAUGCCUAUUGAUGUAUUGAAAUGGAUUAAUAAGGAUACAAGCGUUAGUCAUAUUGCGUGGUCUGCCAAAAUGUCGAACAAGAAAGAAGUAAUGACUCUACCAACAGAUAAGACAGAAGUCAGAAAACUGUAUUUACUUGAAAAAUACGCAAACAAGUGGCGCCAGAAGACUAUGUGCUUGCAACUUCCUUAUUCGAUAGACUUGCAAGAUUCAUCGUGGGUGAAGACUGUUCUUUUCAAUCAAAGUUCUGCUUUAGCGCGAAAAAUUACUUGUGAUAUUCUGCAACUUUGCGCUUGUACGUUUUCUAGACGAAAGCAAAUAGUGUUGAUGUUGACUAGCUAUUUGAGUGAGCUUAGUAUAGCAGGCGAAAACGCCAAGGAAUACGUCGAUUUGUACUCAUUGUAUAUGAACGAAGUUCCUUGGAAGCAAUUCCUUGUUGUUAAAAAUGUACAUAUAACGUUAGCGCAAUUAAUCACUCAGCAAAUUGAGCAGUUACACAGACUAGAAGAAACCUCGUUAACAACGGACUUGACACAAGGUUUUGCUUUAACCCAACUGACGGAAUUACUGGUUGUGUUCAUUAUAGAUGAAGUUAUAAAACGUCAACAUAAAGGCAAAUUGCUAGGCGCAGUAUUGAAUGGAUAUCUAUCACUCCGACGGUUGGUCGUUCAAAGGACUAGAUGGAUUGAUCAUACUCAGGAAAAGCUGCUCGACAUAUUAGAAGAAUUGACGAGUGGCACUGAAGAAGAAACAAGAGCUUUCAUGUGCAUUUGCAUUGAGACUGUAGAAAAGUACACAUUGCAAGACGUGUUGACACCCGUUUUUAUAUUCGAGAGGCUGUGUUCGAUCAUUUUCCCAGAAGACAAUGACAUCGGUGAAUUCUUUUUAACGCUUGAAAAGGAUCAACAGCAAGAGGAAUUCCUGCAGGGUCGUAUGCUGGGAAACCCAUAUUCUUCACUGGAAGCUGGGCUUGGGCCAUUAAUGCGUGAUGUGAAAAAUAAGAUCUGCCAAGAUUGCGAGCUUGUUGCGCUUCUCGAAGAUGAUAAUGGAAUGGAGUUACUGGUCAAUAACAAAAUCAUGAGCCUAGAUCUCCCCGUCAAAGAUGUCUAUAAGAAAGUGUGGAUUGCAGAAGGAGGUGAGGUUGAUUCUAUGAGGGUUGUCUACAGGAUGCGUGGAUUACUUGGAGAUGCUACAGAAGAAUUCAUAGAGACUUUGAAUAAUAAGUUGCAAGCAACUGUCGACAAUGAGGAAGUUUAUAAGAUGGCUAAUGUUCUAGCGGAAUGCGAUGGUUUAAAGGUAAUGGUUCGAAGACUUGGAGCUAUACAGAAAGUAUCGAGGGCGAAGCCAUUGCUUCAAGUAUUGUUAAAGUUAUUUAGACUGAGUGUUAAAGUCGUGAAAGUCCAAGAAGUUCUGACUGAUCCAGAACUCGGAGCUAUGGAGGUUUUCCUCCGCACACUUCAAUUAUGUUUAGAAGGCGAAUCAGAUUCUAGUCAAGCAGCAGUUACUGAGCAACUUCUAGACAUUAUGGAAACGGUUUUAUCUAAAGCUACCAGCAAGAGCCUAGAAAGUUUCAUGAAAUUUUCGCAAACAUUCGGUGGUCCUGAAUAUGUACAAUCGUUGUUGAGUUGCACCAAUCAUACUAGCGUGAGGAACAACCAAUCCGUUUUGAUUCAUCUAACACGAGUAUUAGCAGCGCUAGUUUACGGCAGCAGUGAUAAAAUGAUGAUCCUCUUGGAUCAUUUCAAGUCUGCCUUAGAUUUUAAUAAAUACGACUACGACCACACGACAGAAGAUCAACAAAAGUUGGAAAUGUUUUGCGUUCUGACUGACGGCAUCGAAAUGAAUGCUAUUGGAAACACAUUGAAAGAUAAAAUCAUUGCUCUGGAUAUUGUUAAGGAUGCUCUGGAUUAUAUAACGAUGCACGCGUCCUGUGUAAAGCCCACACUAUUAAUGCGAACUGAUAGCGAUGAAUUGAAGGCGUUUAUAUCUAAGCCAGCAUUAAAAUAUAUAUUGAGGUUCCUCACCGGAAUGGCGAAUUCACACGAGAACACCCAACUGGCCCUUUCGGAGGCAAACACGAUUCCAAUCAUCCAUCGUUUGGAGCAAGUUUCUUCUGACGAACACGUAGGAUCUUUAGCUGAAAACCUUUUGGAAGCGCUGAUGACAAAUGAUGAAGUUGCUACAAAGAUCCAGGAAGUUCGAGAAUUCACUAGAUCUGAGAAGAAACGCUUGGCGAUGGCAAUGCGUGAAAAGCAAUUAGGCCAAUUGGGAAUGAGAACAAAUGACAGGGGACAAGUCACGGCGAAGAGUACAAUCCUUCAGCAAAUGGAGGAACUUGGUGAAGAAACCGGUUUGAUUUGUUGCAUCUGCCGCGAAGGCUACAAAUAUCAACCCUCUAAAGUAUUGGCUAUCUACACAUUCACUAAACGUUGCAAUGUUGAAGAAGCUGAAAUCAAAGCACGCAAAACAGUAGGUUACAGCACUGUCACGCAUUUUAAUAUAGUCCAUGUGGAUUGUCAUAUGAGCGCCGUCAGACUGGCAAGAGAGAGACAUGAGUGGGAAUCUGCAGCGUUACAAAAUGCGAACACAAAAUGCAACGGCUUAUUACCACUGUGGGGUCCGCAAGUGGCCGAAUCGGCCUUUGCUAGUUGCCUCGCGCGACACAAUAGCUACCUACAAGAAAGUACAAAUCACAGAGAUAUAGGACAUUCGUCAACAAUUCACGAUCUGAAACUACUGCUGCUGCGAUUUGCCCAAGAAAAACCUUUCCACGAAGACACGGGAGGUGGUGGUCCACAAAGUAAUAUGCAUAUGGUUCCUUAUCUCAUCCACAUGGCCCUUUAUGUAGUAAACACGACGAGAGUGAGUAAAAAGGAAGAGACCAACUUGAAUAGUUAUUUGGAGCAAUCUGCGACUGAGAAGAUAAUUGAAUCUUGCUAUGAACCGGAUGGACCUCUGUACUGGAUUACAAUGUCCAUGCUACUACAGUCCAGUCAGAAAUGGUCUCAGAACCGUCUGGCUCACCUGAAACGACUGGUUGUUCUGGGCCACGUGCGUAGCUCAAAUCCGCUGGGCCUGAAAAAUAUUUUUGAUAAAACUGUAAAAGAAUACGUCACGUACAGGCCUUACCUGAUUUUCUUCGGAUUGAUCGAUGGCAUUUACAACAAUUUCUUCAAAACCGUUAGCGGUCCUGAUGACCUGUGGCCGACAACUCUGGCUGAUUUUAUAAGACACAACGAUGAGGCCCUGCUGAAGGGAUCCGAAAGACUUCUAGGGAUGUACAUCGAAGAACUUUUGCCAUGUGCCUCAUUUAGCGAGUUCUGUGAUGUAGCUGGUUUAUUGGAUGUAAUUAGUGAACCUGAAAAUUACAUCAGUGAUGUUAUAAAGGGCAUAUAGUAAUAUAUAUAGAAAUAUCUUGUAGUCCCACAAAUAAUUUAUUCUAUUAAGGCUGUAAAUUAGAGACAAAUUAUACUGGCUUUAUAUUAAUCUUAUAUAUAUAUUAUAUUUAAACAUGUUCAUUGGAAUGUUCUUUUAAUUCGUUCUU